AUACAUCCCACCCAAUCCUGCCGUUCAAAGACAUCGAACGCUCCCACAGUAUUGUUUCGCUCCAUGCUUGGUUGCGUGCCUGGAUUGGUGUUACGUCAACCAUGAUGGCGUUGGGAUGGGCGUGCAUGAAGUUGGAUUAUGAUUUGGUCUCUGUCCUUGCGCGAUUGGGUGUGCUUUGGCACAGGAGUGCUUACCAAGAGGUCCUUGAACUCGGACGCUCAUAUGAACAUGUGGAUCAUCACAUUCGUGCAUGCUGCUAUAAUAAUAACACACCUGAGGACCUCUGCUCUCGACGCUGUAGAAUCGAUAGCUAACGAGUUGAGACGUUUAGAGAUUAGUGGUGGAAUGAUUAAAGAUGAUGUUGGGAUUGCCACAUUGAGACAAUCAAUAUUCGUCAUUGCCCAGUGCCUUGCGCACAUCCUGACACAGAGUGGUCAAAUGGCAAUCAGCCUGAUAGCGGCACGAACCUCACCAUUCCGGAACACACACCCGGCGACACAGUCUAUCGAGCCAGAAACCCUUGUCAGUUUGACUCUCGUGAGUCUCCAAGCCUUGGGGUUGUUAGUCAGGACAAUGUGCCUUUCCCGUAACCCGAUACCCCAGUCACCUUCCAUACGAUUCGCUCACAUGGAAGAGGCAUGCCUUACUAUUGUCUGUGCUUCGCUCCAGGCAGCUGAAGGAGAUGAAUCACCUCCAAAUCUGAUUAUGGACGUACUGGAAUAUUCAUUGGAAAACGCGUUGAUCUUGAUAAGUGCAAUCGAAGUCACAUUGGCAUUCUUACUUCGAGUGUUGGACGAAGCCAAAAAUGGACGGGUCCCGAUGACCAGCCUCGAUUACGGUCUCACAAUGGCUGCACCUGUCGUUUGGGAACUUCUCGCCCGGGCUCCAUCACAUCUACGAGCAUCGGCAAUCCAUGUAUUCCGCUCAUCUUCGCUAUCUGAUCUUAGUGCCUGGAUUGUUGAGCAGCAGCUGCUAUCGAUCCAGACAGCGGCUCGCACGCUUUCAUAUGCAACCCAAGGAGACGUUCGCGGGGAUUUGCUUAUUUCGCAUCUGGACUCGGGUCUAGCGUGCCUACAGUCACUGCAGCAGCAGCCUGACAGUUAUGGCGGAGUCCUCAUCGAUGAAGGAUUGGCACCGGUUUUGUCAUCUGCACUGAUGGACUUGUAUGAAGCUGGGAUUCAAUUAACGAGCGCUCAGUUGGUCUGCUUGAGACUUUGCGAAACCAUGAACUUACCUGGCCCGGAUUUGCCUGCCACUGUAGCUUUGACAAUUCUCCGUGGGUGCCGCAGUACCAGUCCCGUCGCUUCAGGCAUGGCGAAUAUCCACCACAGUCGGGCCGCGGUUGGCUCGCCGAACGUAGCCAGUGAUGGGAAGGUAGCUGCGUCGAUCCUCACCGAACUUGGCCAGCUUGUCAGUCUCUUAAUCUCGGAGGAUGGGCUGCAUGAAUUGGAGGAGCCUUCUGUAGUUGCAGAGGACAUCGUUGCGUUGAUUCAAUGGGGGAUUAAUAAUCAUGGAGCCUCGGGUACCUUCCAUGAAGGAUCUAACAAAUACUUUCAUACUUUAGUGUCUUGGAUGGCAGAUGUGUUACCGAUCGAGAAAUUGUCUGCACUGGACACCAUCACCGCCAACUAUUUGCCCCUUAAUGCAUCCCCAAUCUUGCUGCCGCCAAUUGCCACACAAGCUAGUCUCAGUACCUCCAUUACUGAGCUCAGAUAUGCUCUUGACCCCAGUUCCCCUACUUUACCAUCGACGCCCCUGCCGAACCAUGACAAGGACCAAUCCAGCAUUGACAACCCUGGGAUAAUGGCGAACCUUGUUUCUCCUCCGAUUCUACGAUCACCAAUAAUAAGCAUGGGGACAUUGCCCAAACGUUACUCGAACAAUGAUUUCCGUCAGAUACGUCAAGCCUCCAGCGCAUCCAGACCACCAUCCACCCACGUCGACGACUUCACUGCAAACGGGCUGGCAUCACCAUUACCUGAAUCGAUAAUCAUAAAGAUAACGAAGAUUGUACAAUAUAACAAUCCACAAUAUAACGAGCGAGCAGAAGAGUUGGGGUUUAAGACAACUGAAAAUGAUCAUGAACGUAAUGAACUGCGCAGUCGAGGAUGUGGGGAGUUUGCAGUCGAGAAAUAAUGGUCGACUUCGGAAAUCUCCGAAGGGGCACUCGGGGAAAAGGAAACAGGUGAUGGGGAACGGGGGGAUGACGGAGUGACUACACUGAGUCUCGAGCUCCCAAGAUGGAAUGUCCGCUUUCUUUUCGCCUUUGUAGGCUGUCGCUCAGGAGGUGUAUUAGACCCUUUGGUUUUUGAUAACUUUGCCAAGGGCUGUCUAUGAUGGGGAACGCUCCGCACGGUGAAAUGUUCAACAGAACGGGUAAACGGUGAAAGAGUAUGGUUGGACUGGCUGAGAACAGACAGUUGGGCAGCAUUAUGGGCACCAGGCAGGAGGGCAUCAUCAUUAGAGGGCG